GCGGGGCGGAGAGCGGACGGAGCAGGCGCCGAGGCUGGCAGCCGGGCCGGCGGGGGGCGGCGCCAGGCGGCGGGUCCUUAGUCAAGUGACGCCGAGCGGCUGUCCUAGGCGCAGACUGCGGAGCCGCGAGGCUGGAGGGUGGUCAUGCCGGGGGUUCUGGGUCGCAUCUUCUCUCUGCUGCUGGCGCCGCUGCUUCUGUGCUCUGCGAGCGACUCGCGCAAUGCCUCCCAGAAGACGUUCGAGAUUGACUACAGCCGGGACCGCUUCCUCAAGGAUGGCCAGCCGUUCCGCUACAUCUCAGGAAGUAUUCACUACUCCCGCGUGCCCCGCUUCUACUGGAAGGAUCGGCUGCUGAAGAUGAAGAUGGCUGGACUGAACGCCAUCCAGACGUAUGUGCCCUGGAACUUUCACGAGCCCCAGCCGGGGAAGUACCAGUUCACUGAGGACCAUGACGUGGAGUACUUUAUCCAGCUGGCUCACGAACUGGGCCUGCUGGUUAUCCUGAGGCCUGGGCCCUACAUCUGUGCGGAGUGGGACAUGGGAGGAUUACCUGCUUGGCUGUUAGAGAAAGAAUCUAUUGUUCUUCGCUCCUCUGACCCAGAUUACCUUGCAGCUGUGGAAAAGUGGUUGGGAGUUAUUCUGCCCAAAAUGAAGCCUUUCCUUUAUCAGAACGGAGGGCCGAUUAUAACCGUGCAGGUUGAAAAUGAAUAUGGCAGCUACAUCACCUGCGAUCCUAACUACAUGCGUUUCCUGCUGAAGCGUUUCCGCUACUACCUGGGUGACGACGUGGUUCUGUUCACCACUGACGGGGCACAGGAUUAUUUCCUACAGCGUGGGGGCCUGCAGGGCCUCUACGCCACAGUGGACUUUGGAACAGGCGCCAACAUCACAGCUGCUUUCCUAACCCAGAGGAAGAGUGAGCCCAAAGGACCCUUGAUCAAUUCUGAAUUCUACACUGGCUGGUUAGACCACUGGGGCGAACCUCACUCGACAGUCAAGGCUGAAGACGUGGCUUCCACCCUCUAUGAUAUACUUGCCCGUGGGGCAAAUGUGAACUUGUACAUGUUUAUGGGUGGGACCAAUUUUGCCUAUUGGAAUGGGGCCAACACACCCUAUGCAGCACAGCCCACCAGCUACGACUAUGAUGCCCCCCUGAGCGAGGCUGGGGACCUUACUGAGAAGUAUUUUGUUCUGCGAAAGGUUAUCCAGAAGUUUAAAGAAGUACCAGAAGGUCCUAUCCCUCCAUCCACACCAAAGUUUGCAUAUGGAAAAGUUGCUUUAAAAAAGUUAAAGACGGUGGAGGCAGCUCUGGACAUUCUGUGUCCCGCUGGACCCGUAAAAAGCCUUUAUCCCCUGACAUUUAUCCAGGUGAAACAGUAUUUUGGGUUUGUGCUGUACCGGACAACACUUCCUCAAGACUGCAGCAGCCCAACACCUCUCUCUUCGUCCCGCAAUGGAGUCCAUGAUCGGGCCUAUGUCUCUGUGGAUGGGGUUCCCCAGGGAAUCCUUGAGCGAAAUGGGGUGAACACUCUGAACAUAAUGGGGAAGGCUGGGGCCACUCUGGACCUUCUGGUGGAGAACAUGGGACGUGUGAACUAUGGCAGAUUUAUCAACGAUUCUAAGGGCUUGAUUUCUAACCUGACCCUCAACUCCAGUAUCCUCACGGGCUGGGCCAUCUUCCCGCUGGACACCGAGGAUGCAGUGCACAGCCGCCUGGGGGACUGGGGUGGCCAGGACGGCAGCUUCGAUGGUAAAGCCCACGGCUCAUCUAACUACACGCUCCCAGCCUUCUAUGUGGGGAACUUCUCCAUUUUCAGUGGGAUCCCAGAUUUGCCUCAGGACACCUUUAUCCAGUUUCCUGGAUGGACCAAGGGUCAGGUGUGGAUUAAUGGCUUUAACCUUGGCCGCUAUUGGCCAGCACGGGGCCCCCAGAUGACCUUGUUUGUGCCACGACACAUCCUGACAACCUCAGCCCCAAAUACUGUCAUAGUGCUGGAACUGGAACAUGCGCCCUGCAGCGACAAUGACCCAAAACCGUGUGCUGUGGAGUUUGUGGACAGACCAGUUAUCAGUGCAGCUGUGACCUACAAUCGUCCUUCCAAGCGUGGUUAGUCAAGACUCAUGGCUGGGCCAUGUGUGGUGACUGUAGCCAGUGAUUUGGGGGGUUCUAGCCCUGCACAUACCUCACAGACCCUCCCUGUCAUGCCAACAUUCACUAGAGAGUUAGAUUGGAAAAUGAAUGUGUUGUGUGUGUUUUUGCCUGAGGUUUCCCUGCAGCCCUGCAAUGCCUAAUCCCUGUCCUCAAGGGCCACCUUGGGUGUGUCAGGGAGCUGACAGCACAGUAAUGCCCAGACGUAUCUGCAGAGUUGGAAGCUUUACAGGCGUUCUUGAUUUUUUUGUUUGGAAGAAUCAUGUUGUCUUUUUGUUAAAUAAAAUUUGUACUGAAA